AUGGUGGAGUGGAAGGCAGCCGACAUGAAGGCGCUGACUAUAGUGGUCCAAAUUCUAAGUCCAACCUACCAGUUGAUGAUUCGUGACGCGGGUCCUGCGUAUGACGCGUCAGAAACGCUGCGUGCUUUCUUCAUGAAGCAUUCACUUCAUAACCGUGUUCAAUUGAGGACAGAGUUGCAUGGAUUUUCGCUAGGCAAGGGAGGAGACCGGAUAAAGCUCUUCAUGAAGUUUGAUGAUCUGUGUUUGCGAUUGACUGCGGCCCUCGAGAAGGUGGUGUUGCUGGACGCAAAAGAGAUGCAAAUAUAUGAGUUCGAGUUGGCAAAGAAAAGAGAGGAGAAAAAGCAAGCAUAUAAGGCCGCGCGAUGCGCGAGCAAGGAGAUUGAGGUGGUCAUAGAAGAGGUCACAGAGGCCGACGUGGUGGACGAGGUGACCGUGGUGCCAAUGGAGGCUACAAUGAUAGUGGACAGCAAUUGCAUGCCAAAGGAAAAAGAGCUGAAGCUGGUUUCCGUUCCGGCGUCGAAGGAACGUGGCGUUGUCGUGCAGUUUAAGCGCGAUCGAGCGACGCUAUUGGUGGAUAGAGAAGUGCUAGACGUUAUUCAUCGAAAGGGUAAGUUGUUCAUGUGGCAUUUACAACAGCUGAAGGGAGAACAAAUCGCCCAGGUAGAUGGAUUAAUGCGUGAAGAAUAG